GCAUUAGGGUUUAGGGCUUUAGGUUAAUUUUUUUAAAAUAUAUUCUCUCUUUUGACUACUUCGCUUACAUUCCUUUGUGGCGAUUGUGAAGAUUCCAUGGUUUUUGCCUUCCUCAAUCUCUGAUUUCAUUAGGGUUUUUGAUUCCCCUUGGCGGCUAGGGUUUUGAUUCUUAGAUUAGUUUGUUUUUUCUCCCUGUUAUGUAAUUACAUGACUAUAAGGCCUCCACUUUCGCCAUUGUUUUGAUUGCUUCUUCCAUUGAUCUCGAUUCCGCCGGCAUAUGCGUUUCUACAAACUGUUUUGAUUAUUAUUCCAAACAGACACUUUUGUUUUUUUUGGCGAAUUGGAUUUCAAUUUUGGUUAGAAUCCUCGCUUUUGGCUGUUUUCGGUGUUGUUUUCAGUUUUGGAUAUUGAAUCCUCUAGUUUCUUGUUCUUCUGGCGUUUGAUCACAUAGUUAGAUUGAUAUUUUUGUUGAUUCGUUGUUCUGAUUGAUUAAAGAGAAUUGGUUUAUUUGAUUUUAGAAGAUGAGUUUCAAUGAUAUGCGAGGCUCUGUUAUACCGCCACCAUUGCAUUCUUAUGGUGCUAAUGGCGAUGCGUCUGGUUGCUGGUCUCAGUAUCCUAGGAACGAUCUAUUUGAUCCACAAUCACAAUUUGAGGUACAGCAGCCUCCAUUCAAAAGAGCUAGAACUUUCGAAGAAAAUCAAUCUAGUCCUAUGCCUUAUCCAAAUCCACCAUCGAAUUCCAGAGUUCAGCCUCCAAAUGCUCCGAUGAAUAAAGGAAUAAACAACAUCUUCUUUAAGACAAGGAUGUGUGCGAAAUUUAAGCUUGGUUUGUGUAGGAAUGGUGCUAGUUGCAACUUUGCGCAUGGUGUUGAAGACGUGCGGCAACCCCCUCCAAAUUGGCAAGAAAUUGUUGGUAUACGGGAGGAUGAUCAAUCUGUAAGCAACUGGAAUGACGAUCAGAAAAUUAUCCAGAAAAUGAAGCUGUGUAGGAAGUUCUAUAAUGGAGAGGAAUGCCCUUAUGGAGAUAGGUGUAAUUUUCUUCAUGAAGAUCCUGCUAAGUUUAGAGAUGAUUCAGGGAGGUUUAGGGAGAGUUCAGCUAUAAGCAUUGGAACCACAGGAACUCCAUUGAUCAAUGGAAGUGAUUCUAGCUACCCUGAACCUAUCAAGGCAGCUUCUAGCUCUGUUCCUGAUGCUCUUCGUGCUAAUGGAAAUUCUAGGCCUUCAUUCUGGAAGACGAAGCUCUGCACCAAAUGGGAGAUUACAGGCCAUUGCCCCUUCGGUGAAAAGUGCCAUUUUGCUCAUGGCCAAUCUGAGUUACAACUAUCCAUUGGACGUGAAGGGGAGGUAUCUAAUACUGCCCUCAAUGUAAAGCCUCUCGUUGUGGCCAUGGAAGCACCUUCAAGUUUGGCGGCGAGUGUUCCGUCCUCCGCCCUGCCGGAGGGCCAAGCAAAGCAGUCCUUGCUGAAAUGGAAGGGACCCAAGAAGAUAAAUCGGAUUUAUGCCGAUUGGCUCGAUGAUUUGCCUCUAUCUCCAAGCUCAACGAGCCAGUUGGAGGGUUGAGUUAGUUCGAGUUGAAGAAGUUCAUUGUAGUUUCGUUUGGAAGGUGGUUUGCUGAGAUUCAAUUGAUUAGUAAAAAGGGUUCUGCUGAGAAUUCAUUGGGAAUAGAAGAGAGUGAGGUAUAUCUUAUUGUUGGUUCUCUAUUAUUCAAUUAUUUUGUUAUUUCAUAUUCGUUCUACGUUCAAACUCAAUCUCAUUUACGAAUGUAAUUAGAACAUAUGUUCAAAUUGUCCAA